AUGGGCUGCGACAAGACCAAACUCGAGCACCUGGGACUGUGGGUCCCUGUGCUAGCUGUCCUGCUGGGACCCUGCCAGGCACAUCCCAUUCCUGACUCCAGCCCCCUCCUCCAAUUUGGGGGCCAAGUCCGCCAGCGAUACCUCUACACGGAUGACGCCCAGGAGACGGAGGCCCACCUGGAGAUCAGGGCUGAUGGCACAGUGGUGGGGACGGCCCGCCGGAGCCCCGAAAGUCUUCUGGAGCUGAAAGCCCUAAAGCCAGGGGUCAUUCAAAUCUUGGGAGUUAAAACAUCCAGGUUCCUGUGCCAGGGGCCAGAGGGGAGGCUGUAUGGAUCGCUCCACUUCAACCCCCAGGCCUGCAGCUUCCGGGAGCUGCUUCUUGAGGAUGGUUACAACGUUUACCAGUCUGAGGCUCUUGGCAUUCCCCUCCGCCUGCCCCCGCACCGCUCCUCCAACUGGGACCUGGCCCCCCGGGGACCUGCUCGCUUCCUGCCGCUGCCAGGCUUCCUCCCGCCACCCCUGGAGCCUCCAGGGAUCUUGGCCCCCGAGCCUCCCAACGUGGGUUCCUCGGACCCCUUGAGCAUGGUGGGACCUUCACAUGGCCGAAGCCCCAGCUACACUUCCUGA